AUGUCAUGUUCACUUGUGCAAAUAUAUCGAGGCGCUUUCGUCAUGCCAAUGAAUCGGCAGGGUAACAAAGAGGGGAUUUCUGAACCACAACAGUCGGGACGAUCGCCGUUCGCCGUCUUGUUUCAGUCGCCGUUUGCGCAACGUCGUGGUACUUCACUACAGAACCUGAGCCCAACACUUGCAAGAAAACUUGCUCCUCGAUUAUGUCGUGGUUUUUCGGAUCCCGUGAUCCGUCGGAAAACCUCAUCUUCGUCAAUGUUCACUUCCCUGAGUCCAGAUAGACACGAGAGCGGAACCAUCGACUUCCUAACUCUGCCACCGAUUCCUGAAACUACUGCACCAUCUUCGUCUUCAUCAGAUUACAAAGAUGAUGGUGAUUAG